AUGACUGAUGAUGAUAUGUCGUCACUACGAAUUGCCAAAGAACUACGAAAGGUGGUCAGUGAACGAACAGUCAGACGAUGGCAACAUCUAUAUAGAAGUGUCGGUACAAUUGAUUUAAAAAUACCUCCUGGAACAAUCGGUGGAAUUAUUCAUGAUGAUCUUCAUUUACAUGUCUAUCAUGUUACGAUUCAGUCGAAUCUAAAAGAUGAACAUAAACAAGGACGAGUAUCAUUUGCGUAUUGGGUUCGAAAGUCAUUAAGAAAACAAGAUCAAGAAAAAAUCUUAUUUUUUGAUGAAAAAUAUUUCGAAUUGGAUGGCAUCUGCAAUCAUCAAAAUGGUCGCGUUUAUGCUGCUUAUCGACAGGAUGCGAACGAACAUAAAAAAAUAAGAUUGAAAGCCAAAUUUCCAAAAAGAAUUAUGAUAUGGUUUGCAAUAUCGAAAAAUGGUUGUUCCAUUCCAAUUAUUUUUCAACCUGGUGAAACAUUAACACAUAAAAAUUAUAUUGAAAUUGUUGUGCCACAUGCAGUAUCUGAAGGUCGACGACUAUUAAGUGAUGGCUUUAUCUACAGCAAGAUAACGCAACCGCACACAAGCGCAAAGAUUCGAUAG